UUCGAGAGCCUAAAUUAGUAACUUCAGCAAAAUAUGGGCGAACUUCAACAGCUGUAUUACCUACCCCCACCUCCACUGCCACCACCAACGGCACCGCCGCCGACGCCGCCUCCACCGCUGUCAUCACAUGAUGAACGUUCUCCAUCUGCUUCACAUCAAGAGCCUCCUCCUCCUCCUCGCUUCGAUCCUAGCCGAAUGGUUGGUAUAAUAAGAAGAAAGGCAUUGAUAAAGGAUCUGGCUGCGGUGUACCACGCAGAGUGCCUAACAUACUGCCAGGAACUUUUGGAACUCCAAAGCAAAUUGGAAGAGAUCUUUGAGCAGCUUAGGCUCAAGGAGAUUGAAGGAUGUAUUGGGUGCAUAUUGCAUCAGAUGGGCAGAGUGAAGCAUUUAGAAGCCAUGGAACCUCAUGUUAAGAGCAAGGCAAUGAUAAAGUUUUGGACAUAUGAGAAGGAAGAGAGCAAAAAAAAGAAAAAUUGGAGAGGCUUGAUUGGAACUCCAUUUGAUUGCGUUAAGAACAAACAGAGCUUGAAGUGUAAGUUUUAUCUGCAAGCUUGAAAAUUUUUGGAUGCUAGAGAUGAUUCUAUAGAUUGAAUAUUGUAUGUUGUUGCUGGGUUGAAUAGAUUAGCUUGGUAGGCUGACUUUUUGGUGGUGCAAUGCAAAAUGAGGUCAAGGGCG